UGCAGAUGUGUUUCUUCCGCAAGCCAUGAGUUCAUUACAUGCAAAAAUAGAAAACAUUUGCAGGCUCUGUUUGUCCGGCGAUGACACUUUGGAGUCUAUUUUUGGUGAUAGUGGAAGCGAUGCGCUUCAGACGAUAAUCUACGACUGUACAUCGAUUAGGAUACAACCACAACUGGGCCUUCCGUCGUCGAUUUGCAGUACGUGCAAAUCGAAGGUAGAAAACUUUAACGAAUUUCGCGAACGGUGCCUACACAACGAUGAGUAUCUCCGCACGACGCUACAGUUGGUGGCGCAAAAGCAAGAAGAACACGACGAUGAGUACGAGGAGGACGAUGAAGAGGAUGUGGAUAUUAAACUGGAACCGGAGGUACUGCUGGACGAGCAGAGCGACGUCGAUCAGAAGGAGGACGACGGGAAAGAGGAUGACAUGAUCGUUGAUAGGAACGAUAACAAAAUCGACCGAACUACGCUGGCAGUGGCAAAGGAUAGGCUAAAUGGUCAGCACGAGCUGGUUUCGAAUGGUCCGGAACGUGACGAGUGGGACGAGGCCGGAUCAAACGAUCACGAUUCGCUAGGCAACUCGUCAACGGAAUCGUUAAACUAUCCGUACCUAUCGCCAGAUCCAACGUACGGUUCGCUGCUAAAGUGUGAGUUUUGUUCGCUGGAAUUUUCCGUGCUUGAACAGCUGAAGCGGCACAUCACGAGCCACAAGGAGGAGCGAAUAUUUCAGUGCUACUACUGCCCGAAAACGUUUCACUUCGCGAAGAACCUCAACAUGCACGUCGAGUAUAUCCAUUCGAAGGCAAAGUACACACCGUCACAGGUGGCAAAAAUGAUUGCCAGGCAACAGAGUCUAGUCCAUAGCAGUAGCAGUAACAAUAGCAGCGUUAGCCAGAGUACCAACGGUGGGUUAAGCCCGUUGUCACCAUUGCUAGAUACGAGCGAUUGUUUGAAUAAUAACACCAUCCCGAGCGGUGCUGGCAUUGAUGCAGGUGCCGGCUUAAGCCUUAAUAUUAACCUGAAUGGAAGCACGACGUCGAGCAGCACGAACGGAUCGACGGCUUUGGGAAGGAAUUUGAAACCGAUUCGAUUGCCCGCGCUCGGCCUAUUGGUAACGGAAGGACGACGCGGUUCGACCAUACAGUCGACGAUCGGUUUGGCCAGCGAGCGACAGCAGCAUGAGUGCCACGUGUGCCAUAAGAGCUAUGGUGAAUCAUCCGCCUUGCGGCAGCACAUGCUCGUACACACGGGCGAAAAGCCGUACAAAUGUGAUAUCUGCUCGAAAUCGUUCUACAAUGCUAGCACGCUUAAAACGCACCAGCGCAUCCACAGCGAUCAAAAUCCGUACCGGUGUGGGACGUGCACGAAGAUGUUCGACAAUGCGCGCAGUCUCGAGCUGCACCACCGUACGCAUACGGGCGAAAAGCCGUACGCAUGUGAUGUGUGCUUAAAGAAGUUCUCAUGCUCGUCGAAUUUGAAACGUCACCGGAAGCUACACGAUCGCGACUAA